AUGGCGGCAGAAAAAAUUGAUGGCACUGCCAUUGCAAAAUCAAUACGGGAAAAGAUCAAUGCUCAGAUUAAAGACAAGCAAGAGACGAAUCCUCGCUACAAGCCAUGCCUCAAGAUCGUGCAGGUUGGAAGCCGUCAAGACUCCAGUACCUACGUACGCAUGAAAGAGAAUGCUGCGAGAGAGGCAAAUAUUAUUUGUGACAAGAUAUCUCUGGAUGAAAGCAUUACUGAGGCCGAGCUCUUACAAGAAAUCACCGCGUUCAAUCAUGAUCCCGCAGUUCAUGGUAUACUCGUACAAUUGCCGUUGCCUAAGCACAUGUCAGAGCAUACUAUUACCUCAGCAGUUGCUGAGGAGAAGGACGUGGACGGCUUCGGCACCACAAACAUAGGAGAACUUUCGAAACGAGGUGGGAAACCCUUGUUUAUACCCUGUACACCGAAAGGAGUAAUGGUACUGCUACAAGAGAGUGGGGUAGACUUGAAGGGUAAAAACGCAGUGGUAUUGGGAAGGAGUGAUAUUGUUGGCAACCCAGUCAGCGCCCUCCUACGCAAUGCGGACGCUACUGUCACAGUCUGCCACUCGCGAACAGAGAAUCUUCAAGAGCAUUUGAAGCGGGCAGACGUCCUAGUGGUUGCCAUUGGGAAGCCUCAUUUCGUGAAAGGUGACUGGAUCAAACCAGGUGCUGUCGUCAUUGAUGUUGGGACAAACUACAUCCCAGAUGAGACGAAGAAAUCAGGCCAACGUCUCGUUGGUGACUUGGAUUUCGAGUCAAUUGCUGAAGUUGCGUCCAAAAUCACACCUGUUCCUGGCGGUGUUGGACCGAUGACCGUUGCAAUGCUGCUUGAAAAUGUCGUUGAAGCUACCACUGCGCAUGUCGAACGUCAAAAAACUCGGCAUAUCAAUCCCUUGCCAUUGAAGAUUACCAGCCCAGUCCCUUCAGACAUUGCAAUAUCCCGCGCUCAAAGGCCAAAGCCGAUCACUACUGUAGCUCGCGAAGUCGGUCUAGCCGGUCAUGAGCUUGAACCAUACGGGUCAACCAAGGCAAAAGUAGAUCUUUCCAUUUUAAAAAGGCUUGGCCACAGAAGGGAUGGGCGUUAUGUGCUCAUGUCUGGCAUCACACCGACACCAUUAGGCGAAGGCAAGUCUACAACAACAGUAGGUCUGGCGCAAGCACUUGCAGGACAUCUUGACAGAGUUGCAUUUGCAAAUGUGAGGCAACCAAGUCAAGGUCCAACUUUUGGCAUCAAGGGUGGCGCAGCUGGAGGUGGCUUUAGUCAAGUGAUCCCUAUGGAUGAAUUCAAUCUUCAUCUGACAGGCGACAUACACGCGAUAUCUGCUGCAAACAAUCUUCUGGCUGCGGCCAUUGAUACAAGAAUGUUUCAUGAAGCUACAUCACCGGAUGGAGCUCUAUAUAAACGCCUAGUGCCUGCUAAGAAGGGCAAGCGAGAAUUUAAACCCGUCAUGCUCCGUCGAUUGAAGAAGCUAGGCAUAGACAAGUCAAACCCAGACGAGCUUACAGACGACGAAAUCAAUAGGUUUGCGCGACUGGACAUCGAUCCCGAAACCCUCACGUGGCGAAGGGUUGUAGACGUUAAUGACAGGCAUCUGAGGGGCAUCACGAUAGGAAAAGCACCAACGGAAAAGGGUCUGACGAGAGAUACUGCUUUUGACAUUUCCGUGGCGAGCGAAUGCAUGGCAGUCCUGGCUCUAAGCAACGACUUAGCUGACAUGCGAGAACGCCUUGGUCGGAUGGUUGUAGCUUCAUCGAAGAGAGGAGAGCCUGUGACUUGCGAUGACAUUGGGGCUGGUGGUGCCCUAACUGCUCUGAUGAAAGAUGCUAUUAAACCCAAUCUCAUGCAGACAUUGGAAGGCACGCCUGUAUUUGUGCAUGCUGGACCUUUCGCGAAUAUUAGUAUUGGGAACAGCUCCAUCCUCGCAGACAAGGUGGCGCUCAAGCUCGCUGGCACGGAACCCGACGAGGAUCACAACGAGACAACCGGCUUUGUCGUCACAGAAGCCGGUUUUGAUUUUACAAUGGGUGGUGAACGUUUCUUCAAUAUCAAAUGUCGCUCCUCUGGCCUGAUACCGGAUGUUGUGGUGGUGGUUGCUACAGUACGAGCACUCAAGGUUCACGGAGGUGGUCCUCCAAUCACUCCCGGCGGAGCCUUGGACGAGGUUUACCGGACAGAAAAUAUUGAUAUAUUACGAAAGGGCAGCGUCAACAUGAAGAAGCAUGUUCAAAAUGCCAAGUUUUAUGGCGUACCUGUUGUGGUCGCAAUCAAUAAGUUCGAGACGGACACAGACGCGGAAAUUGCUGUCGUCAAAGAAGAAGCACUGGCAGCUGGUGCCACCGAUGCCAUCCUAUCGAAUCACUGGGCAGAGGGCGGCAAGGGUGCCCUAGACCUGGCCAAAGGAGUCAUUGCAGCAAGUGAAAAAGACAAGAACUUCAAAUUGCUCUACGAUACGAGUGGAAGCGUCCAAGAGCGGAUUGGGAAAAUUGGCAAAGAAAUGUAUGGUGCAGAGAAGGUCGAAUUCAGCGACCUAGCGCAGAAGAAGGUCGAUACGUACGAAAAGCAAGGGUUCGGCAAUCUGCCUAUCUGUAUUGCAAAGACACAGUAUUCAUUGAGCCACGAUCCGAACCUCAAGGGGGCGCCUACGGGCUUUACAGUACCAAUACGGGACGUACGCUUGGCUGUCGGAGCCGGCUAUUUGUACGCUCUUGCAGCAGACAUACAGACGAUACCAGGUCUACCCACCGCCCCAGGCUAUCUUAACGUUGACGUCGAUCCAGAGACUGGUGAAAUCGAUGGGCUUUUCUAG